AUGCAAAUCGAUGGCACCAUCAUGAUUGUCACUGCCCCUGAUGGCCACAAGUGGGUCAUGCCAGUAAAAUGCCUCUGUGAGAGCAAAAUGCUUAAUAGAUGUGAAUUAGGCGCAGAAGCUUCCUGGUAUAAUCAGGAUUAUGGAGUUUGUGCACACCUCCAGGUGUGGCGUCGAGGAAGCUUAAGCAUAGACAUGUCCCCUGAGCUUGGAGGGAAGUGGUGGAUGGGAGGUCCUGACAGAUUUAAGAAGGAGUUUACCAUCAUUGCUGUCUUACGCCCCUUCAUCUCCAAAAUAGGCCCUUACGUAGUCAAGCAGAAUCGCAUCCAAGAGCUGUUGACGGGGCCUGUCCACUCACUGAAGAAGGUGGUGUUGUCUCUAUUCACUGUCAACAUUUCAUCCAUCAAACCUCACUGUGCCCCCUUCCUCUCCAUGCUCCACGCGGGCUGGCUGGCAUGGCUCCACAGCCGCUCCAUCCAGGGCACCCGGGCCAGGAGAGACCUGCUGGCCAUGGUGCUGGGAGGAGGAGGUGCUGGGCUGGGAGUCCUCAACACUGUGAAUGUUGAGGUUUUAGCCAACAAAUUGGAGGCUGUCACCUUGGGUGUUCAGGGGCUCCUUAAACCCCUGAAUUCAUCCCUGGCCAGCCUUGGGAUGGGGCAGUGGCUCGUGUCAGAGGUGUUGCCUACCUGGGAACUAAUAAAUGAGAAAGACCACCAGAUGCUGUUGCGAGUGUUGGGCAUCGAACAAAAUAACGUCUCUCUUGCUCAUCACUGCAUCCAGGCCCAGAUGUGGGUGCAGACUGUCAUUGCAGGUGUCCUGAGAGAUGGGGACAAUGGCAUCCUCCCCACCGAGAUCCGAAAGAUCGUCUUCAACGCAGUCAUCACCUACGUCCUGACUGUGACAGGGGCUCGCAUUGAAAAGAUCUACCCUGUUGGGGCCCUGGGGGUUAACACAAAUGGGUCUGUGGUCUACCCCCUGGACCACCGCCUGUGGGCAAGGGUGUCUGGUGGGAAAUGGCAGUCAGUAGAUUUGGAAGCCUGCAUUUUGGAAAGGGGGCUGGGAUUCAUAUGUGAAGAUGAUGCCCUUAAGGUGAGCGCCAACCCCUAUUGGAUAUCCAUCAUUGUACAUAUGACUGAAAUGAAAGAAAAGAUUGAGAUGAUCAAGGAAGGAAACUUAAAUGAUCCCAAAGUAAAAUCCCCACCCUCCACACCAGCAGAAGUGGAAGGAGUCAAAGAGCUGCCUGACAAAUUAAAACUUCAACAGUCUAAAAACAUUAGCACUGAUCCAAAUCAAGAAGUGACAGGGGUCAAUAAGCAAAAUGAACCCGCACCUCAAAAUGGGAAGCAACAGCCAUUACUAAGCAAGCCCAAAUCAGGUAAAAAGGCUGAAGAGAAAUCAGAAUUAAAAUGCAAGCCCAUGACCUCACAGAAUAUGUCUGCAAAGGAGCCUGCAAAGGAGCCUGCAAAGGAGCCUACAAAGGAUCUGGGGGUAGGGGGGAAAAUCCAUCAAGAAACAGCAAAAGCAAAAGAAUCCCAAACAGAUACCAAUACUGAGAAGAGAGAAUUCAAAUCUGCAUCUUCAGGGGGAAGGGAAAAUGAUGCUUGUCAGUGUGCAGGAAUGGCACCAGAGAAGACUGAGACACUGGAACCCAGCAAAGAGCUACCCACUCAGGAUGAAAUGAUCAUCGAUGACAGCCCUUCUCCUCCGGCUCCUUUCGAACAUCGCGUGGUGAGUGUCAAACAAACAGAGGUGACAACGUGCUACUUGGCGUGUUGGCACGAAGUACUGGGGGGGGGGCAGUUUGGGCAAGUUUAUAAGUGCACAGAGAUAUCAACUGGGCUGCACCUGGCAGCCAAAAUCAUAAAAGGAGCAAGAGAGAAGGAGGAAGUAAAAAAUGAAAUCAUCAUUAUAAACCAAAUAAAUCAUGUGAAUAUGAUCCAGCUUUAUGAUGCUUUUGAAGCCAAAAAUAGUAUCACUUUGAUCAUGGAAUAUCUUGAUGGUGGUGAAUUAUUUGACGAGAUCACAGAUGAAAACUACAAUCUGACUGAGUUGGAUGCAAUCCUAUUUACCAAGCAGAUUUGUGAAGGAGUCCAUUACCUGCAGCAGCAUUAUAUUCUCCAUUUGGACCUGAAGCCUGAAAAUAUAUUAUGUGUAAAUCACACAGGAAAUCAGAUUAAAAUUAUUGACUUUGGAUUAGCAAGAAGGUACAAACCUCGUGAAAAACUGAAGGUUGAUUUUGGAACUCCAGAGUUCUUGGCUCCUGAAGUGGUGAUCUAUGACUUUGUUUCCUUCCCAACAGACAUGUGGAGUGUCGGCGUCAUCACAUACAUGUUGCUUAGUGGCCUGUCCCCAUUCCUGGGAGAAACUGAUGCAGAGACAAUUAAUUAUGUACUCAAUUGCAGCUGGGAUUUUGAUGCAGAAGCAUUUGAACAGCUAUCAGAGGAAGCUAAAGACUUUAUUUCCAGACUACUCAUGAAGAAGAAAAGGUACCUCUUUGUCUGAUUGCAGGGACAG